AUCCACACUCGUCGCUUCCGCUGUCAUCCAUUUCCGUGCUCUUUCUAUGGGAGAAAACGAAAACAAAAAGUGUUUCCUUGCGAUUCCAAAAAGAAAAAGAAUAGCGUAAAAUUCCCUCGCAGCCGAAUCAUGAUGCGGACCGUCGCAGCAUAUAAUGCCCUUUCGGCAGCCGAUGCCAGAUCACUGAUCCUCCCAUUUCCACCGCCAUUCCCCUAUUUUUCUCCGCCGCCUCUCUCGCCCGUCUCUCCACGUUUUGGUCGAGGAAAGCUGCGGCGUGGCGGGGUAAUCAUCAGGGCGAUGACACCGACGCCGCCGCCCACUGAGUCCAAGAAGAGCGACGCGUGCGGAUCCUCCUUCAAGCUCACCGAAUCCACCUUCUUGGCGUCCCUGAUGCCCAAGAAGGAGAUCGGUGCGGAUCGGUUCCUUGAAGCCCAUCCCAACUACGAUGGGAGAGGCGUCCUCAUCGCCAUCUUUGAUUCUGGUGUAGAUCCAGCAGCUGCUGGCUUGCAGGUGACAUCAGAUGGCAAACCCAAAAUCAUUGAUAUACUGGAUUGCACUGGAAGUGGUGAUGUUGACACCUCUAAGGUGGUGAAAGCCGAUGCUGAUGGAUCUAUCGUUGGGGCGUCUGGGACUCGCUUGGUUGUGAAUCCAUCAUGGAAGAAUCCUUCCCAGGAGUGGCAUGUUGGAUAUAAGUUACUCUAUGAGCUUUUCACCAGCACACUGACAUCACGUUUAAAGAAAGAACGAAAGAAGAAGUGGGAUGAGAAAAAUCAGGAAGCAAUUUCAGAGGCUCUAAGACAGCUGAAUGAGUUUGACAAGAGAAGGUUGAUGAUAAACAUUCCAUUGGUUGCAGAAAUAUCAAAUGCAACAAAGUAUGAUAAAUUAGAAGAUUUGAAGUUAAAGAAGGCUCGUGAAGAUCUUCAAAACAGACUUGAUUUUUUGAAGAAACAAGCUGAAAGCUAUGAUGACAGAGGACCUGUUAUUGAUAUUGUUGUUUGGAAUGAUGGUGACGUUUGGAGGGUUGCUGUUGACACACAAAGUCUUGAGGAUAGUUCUGAUACUGGAAAACUGGCUGAUUUUGUUCCUUUGACAAACUAUAGGAAUGAGCGGAAAUUUGGUAUUUUUAGCAAGCUGGAUGCUUGCUCGUUUGUUACAAAUGUUUAUGAUGAUGGCAAUCUUGUAAGUAUAGUAACAGAUUGCUCACCUCAUGGAACCCAUGUUGCUGGCAUUGCUACUGCCUACCAUCCUGAGGAACCUUUGCUAAAUGGAGUUGCUCCGGGAGCCCAAUUGAUUUCAUGUAAGAUUGGGGAUGCACGCUUAGGCUCCAUGGAAACAGGGACUGGUUUGACUCGAGCAUUAAUAGCUGCAGUGGAGCAUAAAUGUGAUCUCAUUAAUAUGAGUUAUGGGGAGCCUACACUGCUUCCUGAUUAUGGGCGAUUUGUUGACCUUGUUAAUGAGGUUGUAGACAAGCACCGUCUAAUAUUCAUUAGCAGUGCUGGGAACAGUGGACCUGCGUUAACCACUGUAGGUGCACCAGGUGGCACUAGUUCAAGCAUAAUAGGUGUUGGUGCUUAUGUCUCCCCUGCCAUGGCUGCUGGAGCUCAUUGUGUUGUUGACCCUCCAGUUGAUGGGUUGGAAUAUACAUGGUCUAGUAGAGGUCCAACAGCUGAUGGAGAUUUGGGUGUGUGCAUAAGUGCUCCUGGUGGAGCGGUGGCACCAGUACCGACAUGGACUCUGCAGAGACGCAUGCUCAUGAAUGGAACUUCAAUGGCAUCACCAUCUGCAUGUGGAGGGGUUGCUCUUCUCGUUAGUGCAAUGAAGGCUGAAAGUAUUAAUGUAAGUCCAUACGUCGUGCGGAGAGCAUUGGAAAACACUGCAGCUUCUAUAGGUGAUGCGGCUGAAGAGAAGCUAACCACAGGCCAGGGGCUCAUGCAGAUUGAUAAGGCAUAUGAAUAUGCUAAGAUGUCUAAGGAUUUGCCAUCUGUUUCCUAUAAGAUUACAGUUAAUCAUGCAGGGAAAUCAACUCCUACAUUUCGAGGAAUCUAUUUGAGAGGACCCAAUGCUUGCGAACAAGCUAGUGAGUGGACUGUUCAAGUUGAGCCGAAGUUCCAUGAGGAUGCAAGUAAUUUGGAGGAAUUGGUUCCAUUUGAGGAGUGUAUUGAAUUGCAUUCAAGUGAAGAGUCGGUCAUCCGUGCACCUGAAUAUUUGAUGCUGACACAUAAUGGGCGUAGCUUCAACAUAGUUGUGGAUCCUGUUAAUGUUAGUAAUGGUCUACACUAUUAUGAAGUCUAUGGCAUUGAUUGUAAAGCUCCAUGGCGUGGCCCUCUCUUCCGGGUGCCUAUUACAGUAAUAAAGCCUCUUGCUUCGAUGGGCAAGCCUCCAAUAAUUUCAUGGUCCAAUGUCUCCUUUCGUCCAGGUCAUAUCGAAAGAAGGUUUAUUGAUGUUCCAUUUGGAGCUACUUGGGUUAAGGCAACACUGCAAACUUCAGGAUUUGAUACAGCUCGGAGGUUUUUUAUUGAUACAGUUCAGAUCUGUCCAUUAAAGCGGCCUAUGAAGUGGGAGGCUGUCGUGACAUUUUCAUCUCCUUCAGUCAAAUCAUUCACUUUUCCUGUUAAGGGUGGUCUUACAAUGGAAUUGGCUGUUGCUCAGUUUUGGUCCAGUGGAAUUGGGAGCCAUGAAGCUACCCAUGUAGAUUUUGAGAUUGCAUUUCAUGGGAUAAAUAUAAAUCAAGAGGCUUUGGUGCUUGAUGGAAGUGAGGCACCUUCAAGAAUUGUUGCUAGAUCUCUUUUAGCAUCUGAGAAGCUUGUCCCUGCUGCUGCUUUAAACAAGUUAAAAAUUCCAUAUCGCCCUGUUGACUCUAACCUAAGGUCUCUACGAACAAACCGGGACAAAUUGCCCUCUGGCAAGCAGAUUAUGGCGUUGACAUUAAUCUAUAAAUUCAAAUUGGAGGAAGGUGGUGAAAUAAAGCCCUGCAUUCCACUUUUAAACAAUCGGAUUUAUGACAAUAAGUUUGAAUCACAGUUCUAUACUAUUUCAGAUUCUAACAAGCGUGUCUAUGCAUCUGGUGAUGUCUACCCUCAUUAUGUGAAGCUCCCCAAGGGUGAAUUCACCCUUCGGCUUUAUAUAAGGCAUGAAAAUAUUCAUAUCUUGGAGAAACUUAAGCAAUUGGUCCUAUUUGUUAAUAGAAAAUUGGAGAAAAAGGACUGCAUUCAGUUGAGUUUCUUUUCCGAACCUGAUGGUCCCAUAAUGGGAAACGGCACCUUUAAAUCCUCUGUUCUAGUUCCAGGCGAAGCUGAAGCUUUUUAUAUUAGUCCACCAUUGAGAGAAAAGCUCCCAAAGAAUUCUUUACCUGGUGCAGUAUUGCUUGGAUCAAUAUCUUAUGGUACAAUUAGCCUCAAGAACAAGAAAGACGGCCAGAAUCAUCAACAGCCGCCAGUAUCUUAUCAUAUAUCUUAUCUUGUCCCACCAUCUAAGAUUGAUGAGGAGAAAGCAAAGGAGACCAUUGGUAGCAAAAAAAGUGCCUCUGAGCGUUUAGAUGAAGAGUUAAGGGAUGCUAAGAUCAGGUUUCUUUCAGAGCUAAAACGAGAUUCUGAUGAAGAAAGAUCAGCAUGGAAUGAACUUGCUGCUUCUCUUAAGAUGGAGUAUCCCAGUUAUACGCCAUUGCUUGCCAAAAUAUUGGAAUGCAUAGUCUCUGGAAGCCCUGAUCAGGAUAAGAUUAGUCAUAAUCAAAGGAUUAUUGAUGCUGCCAAUGAGGUCAUUGAAAGCAUUGACCAAGAAGAGCUAUUAAAGUACUUAUCUAUAAAAUCGGACCCUGAAGAUGAAGAGGCUGAGAAAAUAAAGAAGAAGAUGGAAGUUACCCGUGACCAACUGGCGGAGGCAUUAUAUCAGAAGGGAUUAGCUCUUGCAGAUGCAGAGUUUUCUGAGGUUGAUCAGCCUGUGGUGACAUCUGUAGCUGUGAGUGGCACCGACUUUGAUGUGCCAAGUGAUGAACCUGACAUUUUUGAAGAAACAUUAAAAGAGUUGAAGAAGUGGGUGGACAUCAAAUCCACAAAGUACUGCAUGCUGUUGGUGGUACGUGAGCGACGUUGUGGAAGGCUUGGAACUGCUUUAAAGGUUCUAACUAAUAUGAUCGAUGGCGAGGCAGAACCACCAAAGAAAAAGCUUUAUGAUCUGAAGAUUCAAUUACUUGAUCAGAUUGGAUGGACACAUGUGGCUGUUUAUGAGAGGCAAUGGAUGCACGUCCGUUUUCCUACAAGUUUCCCUCUUUUCUGAUUCUGAUAUCGAUUUCAUAUUGAUUGAUUGUUGUCUUAAUAAGUAUUUGUCUUUGCAUUUAUUCCCUUGCCUCAUAUAUCAGCUUUGCAAUAUCCACUGAGAGUGACUGACACAGCAGAGUAGAUUCUAUUUUUGUAUCAUGUUGAAAUGUUGACGUAACAUGCCUCAUAUAUCAGUCAUGUUGACGUAACAAUUUCUUCUUAUGCAACGUAUACUUGUGAAUCGCUGCCAGGCACAGUGUCCUUCAUUGGCUAAGUGAUUUGUAUUACCUUUGAAAAGCUACCAUAAUGAUUGCACAUAUUAACCUCUUGUGUCUUAA